CGCAAGGUCCAAAGUACAAAGUCAAGCAAUUAAUUAUAGGUCCGUCAGCGACAACGUCAAAAUAUCCCUCUGCGAUUUCCCAGGGAUUUCAAAAUGGCGUCUGGGGCCGCUGAUCAAAAGGACGUGCCGAUCCAAAUGGCUCCGCCCACCUAUGACGCAUCGAUGCAGCAGGGCGUGGCCAUGCCCAUGGCACCUGGCCCUGUGACGUCACCCAUGCCCAUGGCACAUGCACCUGUGGCUACGCAACAACAAGUGGUUGUCACUCAGCAGCCUAGCGCCGUGACUACAACGACCGCUGUGGGACCAUUCAAGCGAGACUGGAACAGUAACAUGUGUGGAUGCUGCAUGGACCCAGUUAGCUGUUGUUGUGCGUUUUGUUGCGGUCCGUUCUACCUUUGCCACACCCUGACACGUAUGAACGAGAAUUGCUGUGUCGGCUGGCUGCCCUGCUUUGCUCUACCUGCCAUGAGGUCCAACUUCCGGGGUGAACAUGGCAUAUAUGGCGAUCUGUGCAAUGAUGUCUGCACCUCUGCGUUUUGCUCCUGCUGUGUUCUCGCGCAGCUGUCUCGCGAGAUCGACUACGUCAACCAGCAGCCUUCUACCAUCAUAUUUCGGCAGUAGAAAAGGAGAUGUACUAAGAUACCUUUAGACUUAGCAAGGGACAAAAGAUUGGAUUGAACUGUACAUAUAGAAUACAACACGGGGUAUUCCGUAUCGCCCGACCGCGGGAGGGCCGGGACAGAGGGUGAUGCGGAAUACACCGUGUUGUAUUUUAUUUAUGUCAUACCCACCCAAGAAAACGCGCCUUUCAAUGCAUAAUGAGCCAAAAGUUGGUGCCACUAAACCCUAAAAUGCAACAACAUCAAUUCCAACAUCCGGAUUUUGCAUUCGAGUUUUCGAAAGCGGCGCACGCAGUAGGGCAAAACGCGUUCGAAUCGUUCUAUGGAAGCCAGGGCCGUACCGUUAAGUACGGCCCGGUCCGGAACCCGUUAUCGAACGUUAUCGCGGCCCGGGUAUGAUAUAAAGAGAAAUAGUAUUACACUGAUUUUGUCUAGCAGUUGUAAUUUAGAGCAAGGACAUUAUACAGACAAUGUCCUUGUUUAGAGUUGAUCUACUGCUAAUUUACAGCAAAGAACAGUUAAAUAUAGAUAUGGAUUGAUAGAGAGGGACACAGGUGUUGUCAAAUUUAACUGUAGAGCUUCAAAAAUCAGUAGUUUGGUGAGUACAGUAGGUCAGAAGGAAAGAUGCCACCGCCUCUGAGGCGUUACCAAAAACGCGGAAAACACGAAAUCUUCACUGAUUAAACGAGGAACCGCUGUAUUGUUUACAUGCAAAUUAUUUGUAGACAUAUGCAAAUUAUCAGUAUGCAAAUCACCCGAUUGUCACCAGCUUUUUGCCUACCACUUGCUGGCCGUGUUGUCCUGGCGGUCGCUCUUAUGGUGAGUUACAUGUACAUGUGUUUCCUAUAUAUGGUACAAAAAGUGAGUUAUAAUCCAAUUUUUUGUGAUGCUAUAUUUGCAGCCAGCGCGUAGAUAGAUAUCAAAUUACGGCUGAAUAACGAGAUAGGUUUUUCAUCAAACGAACUCAUUUCAACUCAAGAACCCCCCACUCCACAGUUUUCUUUUCUGAAUAUGAAUUGGACUAUCAAUAAAAAAACGGUCCUUAUUAGGUGUAUUACACACGAGAAUUGCAGGCACGUGGCGUCAUUUUACUAAGGUGAAAGUCGAACGUAAAGCCUCGGUCACAACCCGCCGUGCGUGCUUUUUGUCCGUACGUUUUUUGGGAGGCUACGUCUGCUACGUUUUUUUCUGAAA